AUGGCACCUGGCCUCAGAACAGCGAAGACAACCAAACGGUCGCUGGCCGUGGUGAGUAAUUCAACCUGCGAACGAUACCUGCCUUUACCGCAGCUAAUGCUCUAUUUCAGCAUUAUAUGUUGCCUAGACGAGAUCCCGCCGGUGGACCACGACACCGUAGACGAGCUGCUAGCAUCGGGGCCAAAAGACGGAGACGGCACCAAGAAGGUUACCCUCGACGCGCAGCGACAGCGCUACACAUCAACUAGGAAGUUCACCCAGGUAAGGGCUGGCAGAUGA